AUGGAACUGAAUCAACAAAUCCCUUUUUUGCAGGUAAAUAAAAAAUAUUUGCUACAACAAAAGCAUUUGAUAAAAUUAGCAUCAAUCGAAUGGUGUUCUCGAAUAAAAAUCUAUGUUGUAUUUAUCACAUUCUGGGAUAACGCAGUUUAAAGCUAUAUUUUUUCCAUAAAUUUCAAAUACAUGAAAUGCUCAAUCUCUCCUGUUGCGGGAUAUUUGCAACUUGUGUAUACUAAAACAAUCUCCAGAGAGAUUGUAAAAUCAUAUUACACUGUUAACUCAGUUUCGACCAAAGUACAUGCACAUAACAUACACCCUUAUUCCAGGUUCAAUUGUGCAAAAUGUUUCUCUGGUGUAAUUUAAUGUUAAGGAUAAUGAAGGAUGACUUACAUGAAAUUUACAGUUACUAGUUUAGUUGUGUUCUUCAUUGUAAUGUAUAAAUAAAUAAUAAAAUGUAAUAAUAGUAAUAACUAAAUUGUGGAUGUCAAAAACAAAUUUUUAUAUGUAAUUAUAAUUUUGCACAUUGCAUGUAUUUUGCAUAUUCUAAUCUUGAACAGUAUAUGCAUAAGUAUUUUUUUUUUUUUUUGUAUUUAUCCUACCAUAUAAUUGUAAUGUAAACUAUAAUAUAAUAUAUAUAAUAUAUAAUGUAAACUAUAAUAUAUCAUAAAAAAUUUAUAUCAGAUAUAUUUAGCUUCAACAAUCAAAUAUUUUUAAUUGAGAUAUUAUAUAUCAAGUGAUGCAUAUAAGAAUAUAAUCUUCUUAAAGGUUGAGCUUAAGGGUUGAAUUUAUCACUUCUUCGUACGAGUAAUUCCAAUAAUUUUUAUUUCAUUGUACAUUUACUUUAUAUUCCAUUUUUAAAUUUCAAACUUCAAAUUAAUCAAAGUUAAUCGAAUUAAAGGAAAAAUAGAAAUUUCAUAGAAAGUGAAGUAUGAAGCUUAGAAUGUAGUGGAAGCCCUAAGAUUAGCAAAGGGCUCGAUUUUACACGGAUCUUUCAGGCUGACGUAAACGUGUACCAACUGUAUUGCGACAGACUUAUGCAGGGCACAAGGUCCGGCCAUUCGCCAGUCGAAUUUUUACCGAUCGAAGACUUGGCGCGUGGCGCCUGGUUGUUAUCAGGAACGACUGUACCCGUCAGGAUCGUGAGUCAGAGCCGGAGCAAGAGCGACUCACACAGCGGAGGCCACUUCUCCGGCGUAGUCCCCUCCUGGCGGCGACACAUCGUGCUCUCAGAGGGCAACGGCGACGACGACGAAGGAGAGAUCGCCAGUCAAGACCCCGGCGAAGAAGAAAAGAGAGACGAGCGCGGUCGUGGAAAAACAUUCGCAUUUAACACGAACGGGUAUUCAGGAAGCGAGAAUGUCGGAGGGCUGCACGAGUUGCAGGGGUGCGAAUUAUGCAGGCACCACGCUGCAGUUAAGCUCGGCUUCCGGUGGCGGGACCGGAAGCAGCUCCUCUGCGUCUGGAAGCUCUUGCACAUCCACCAGAAGAGUACAGGUACGCGCGAAAGUGCUGUACGGUUCUGGCAAGGCGAUCGCCAGCUUGCAAGCACAAGAGAAAGCUGCCAGGCACUGAUAAGCGUCCUCCUCAUCCUUCUCUCUUCCGGUCUAUCAAAGUCAGCUACGAACUAUGAAAUCCCCCGACCGUCUGACGCAGAAUUAUCUUCAACUGUUCGACCAACAAACGACUCCACGCUGCACGGAUCAAACCAAGGCAACGAUAGUCCCGAGCUGAUAGAAACUUUAUUUAUUCCCGAGGAUCCAAGUGAAUACGAACGAAUUUUACUUUACGUGCGAAGAUUAUUCCAGCCGGCGGAAGAAACCAUCGAACCGUCCGAUCGAGAAGUUCCGAAGCACGCGAUCGACAAUGAAAAAGGCGAGGAUCGAUUCCCGAAGCUGGAGGACGUCCGAGGGAGAAAUUCGGGGCCGUCAGAGAGAGAAGAGAACGGGGAGAAAUAUUUGCAGAGAAAUCCCGAGGGAGGAGUUUCUCCGAGGACAACCACGGAGAGUAAUAGAAAGGACGAGGUGGUUUCGAUGGAAAGAAAGAACUAUGACGCCGGCUACAAUGGGAAAGGCGAACCCGACGAGAAGGACUUAUUGGAGGCGGCUAAUUUUGGGCUCGAUGCCAUGAGGGAUUUGUAUAAUGUUAAGGAGCCGAUGCUUUAUUCGAUGGGCCUUUACCUCGAUUCGGACAACCCUGCCAGGCACCUGGCAGUCUUUAACGACCAAACGGAAGAGGCAAGAACCCUCGCGAAGUACGGCUACGCGGUUCUCCAGGGCACCACGAUGUUCAAAAGGAAAUUCCCAAAUACUCCGGCGGACUCGCUUCUGUUUCGUCGCAGUCAAAGCAAUCCACUUCGACGUAACUGCCCAAACAGAGGAGUUCCUAACUGUCCAGCGGCUAGUUUGCGAUAUAGAACGUCUGACGGAAGCUGCAAUAACUUGCAGCAUUUGUGGUGGGGCUCCGCCAUGUCCACCAUGCAAAGAUUCUUGCCUCCGGUUUACGAUGAUGGUAUUCAGAGUAUCAGGAAAUCUGUCACAGGAAGACCACUUCCUAGCGCUAGACUGGUGAGCACAGUGAUUCACGAGGACAAAGAUAUUCCUUUGGAAUCUGUUACUCACAUGCUCAUGCAAUGGGGACAGUUUGUUGAUCAUGAUCUGACAGCAUCCGGAGUGUUUACCAAUAUCAGUGAGCACGCAGGACAGUUUCUUCGGUCCUUUGGGUGUCAGAUGUUUAGAAUUCGUUCGAAGCGGUUCAGCGCCGAAAGAAAACUGCGAAUUUGGCCCGAGAGAGCAAUUGUCACAGGUGACAAGUUACCUGGAUGCUUCGACGGUAUAUAGCAGCAACGCUUUUCAAAGUGACGCUUUACGACUAUUUCGAAAUGGUUUGUUACAAUACGGGAAGAUUGAAUCGCAGAGGCCAGUGCUACCGAAACUGGAUUCCGAUCUCUGCAGACGUGGGUCGUUAUCCACAAACUGCUUCAGAGCUGGAGAUGGCCGGCUUGGCGAGCAACCUGCCCUCACGUCUCUUCACGUAGCUUUUUUGAGGCUGCACAAUAGAAUCGCGACGAAACUUGCCGCGUUGAAUGCUCAUUGGAGCGACGAGAAACUAUUUCAAGAAUCCCGGAGAAUCGUCGCCGCUAUUGUCCAGCAUAUCACCUACAGGGAGUUCCUGCCUAUUGUUCUUGGUCAGAAUGUAAUGAAAAUAUUCGACCUCGAACUUCUGAAGAAAGGCUAUUACGAGGAUUACGAUCCAACAGUGAAUCCAACCAUCGCGAACGGAUUUUCUACGGCUGCCUAUCGCUUUGGUCACUCUCUGGUUCAACAAAGCUUCGUUCGAUUUACUAGCGAUCAUCAACCAAUUUUCAAUAACGUCUCCAUGCACAACGAGUUCACGAAUCCAGGAAACUUGGAAACAGCCGGUUCAGUGGAUCGUCUUAUUCUGGGUUUAAUCAACCAGAACGCCCAGAGAAGAGACGAGUACAUAAGCGAAGAACUAACCAACCAUCUUUUCCAAACGCCAUCAUUCCCCUUUGGGAUGGAUCUAGCCUCCAUCAACAUUCAACGAGGCAGGGACCACGGAAUUCCUCCGUACGUACAAUGGAGAAAACCGUGCGCUCUGUCUCCGAUAAAGAACUUCGACGAUUUAGAGAGAUUUAUGCCGCCGACCGCAGUAACAAAACUUCGAUCAGCCUAUUCGUCCGUUGAAGAUAUUGAUUUAUUUACCGGUGGGCUGGCAGAAAAGUCAGUGAGGGGUGGCCUGGUUGGCCCCACGUUUGCUUGCAUAAUUGGACAACAAUUUAGCAACAUACGUCGGGGAGAUAGAUUUUGGUACGAGAAUUCCCGCCAAGAAGGUAGUUUCACGCCUGGCCAGCUUCAGCAAAUCCGAAGAGUCACUCUGGCUCAAGUUCUUUGCGCAACUAUGGACAAUAUCGAAACUCUUCAACCGUUUGUAUUCCUGACGCAGGACACUUUGAAGAAUCAACGUAUAUCUUGCAACGAUCCUAUCGUUGGCCAGUUGAAUUUACAAUUCUGGGCAGAGAGACCCCCAGAAUUCAAGAGGAUAGGAAUCUUCGAUAAAAUAAAGAAGAAUGUGUCGACAAAUGCAAACACUCCUGCUAAUUCAAGCACUCAUAAUUUAAAUCCUCCGAAGACGAACGUCCACCAGCAAAAUCGGAUUGUUGUGAAGAAACCUGUCGGACCAUCGGACAACAUAACCAUAGUUGUUCAGAAUAACGCUAUUAAUUCGCCUGUCUUUCUGAAUGACGCUAUUCAUGGGUCCAGUAUAAUGGUGAAUCCUUCGUUGAACCAACAAACGCAACAGAAUACUGUCCCAACGUUUCCUGCAAUGAGGCCUGUAAUAAUAACGCAUCCUUUGGGAAAUCCUAUGCUUAACAACGAUUUUUAUGUUCCGUAUAGUUUCAGAGAUCCGAAUAAUCCUAAUCCUUUGAGCCAAGGGUACAGAUCAGGUUACGAUAGCGAGGUGGUGUUUGAUAGUUUUCCCGGAUCGAGUCCAAGGCCAACGUUGUACACUUAUUAUACGAUUUUCCAAAAGAUGACUACUCAGAGGCCUCCUCAAGAUGUGAACGCUUACGUUGUAAAUUAUAAACCACAGGAUCAUGGAUCUAAAUUGAGUUCGCGGCCUAAUUCACAAUAUCAGAGUCAAUCAUGGUUGAAACCUGUCUAUGGUUUGUCAGAGCAUUCACAGUAUCAGAGUCAAUCGCCUGUUUAUAAUUCGUUAAAUAAUAAUGACCAAGGAAAUAGAAUAAAUACUUGGCAGAAAGUUCAAUAUCGGCCUGUAGUUUUGAUUAAUCAACAAGCUUCGAGUAAUUUGCUGAGCUAUACUUCACAGGAUCCACAGAAUUACCUGAAAGACACUGAAAACGAAUAUGCUUCGAGUAAUCAACAAGACUAUCUAAAUAAGUAUGGCAAACCUUCUGGUAAUCAACAAGAUUAUCUAAACAGAUAUACGAAACCUUCAAACAUGCAACAGGAUUAUCAAAAGGACUCUGAAAAUAAUUAUAACCAAGUUUAUCCAAGUAGACACACCACUUUGCCCAGCGUUUCUUCUCACAAGAAGACCGAGGACAAAGUGACAAAUGAUCAACAUUACAGACCUUAUCAAGAAUCAAAUAGGAAGCCAACAGAGAUUGAUUAUGGCUCGAGUUAUCAAACUGAGUUUUCCAUUAGACCUACCACAAGCCUAAAUAACAAAGGAAGCACCAUUAAUCCCGACACCGUGUACAUAAGUUCCUCUGCAAGGCCUGUUACAAGUGAUGAAGAGUCUGACGGAUCUUAUAAUACAAUGUCUCACUCAACUUCUAUUUACAGACCGGCGCAACAGAUUAGCGAUCAUCAAAUAAAUAAAUCAGAGAAUUUUUAUCAGCCACCGAAGACAACCCACAGUAUGACAAUCAUGACGGAACCCACGGUGAGCGAAGGCGAACGUGACAUCGACAGGAUAGAGAAUCGAGUUACCAGCGAGAUUCCGAGACCAUUGGCUCACCAGACAGGUAAUAACAGAUUGAGGAAACCUGGUCAGUAUUAUUACGAAAAGAACGUGUUGCAUCGAUAUCCGGACACGAUAGAGGGUCAGACUGGCUAUAAUGCUGAAGAGAGGCACAAAACAACUAGUAACGAGACGUUGAUCGAUCAGAUGCUUAUCGAGACUUCCGUGACGAAUCACCAGGUUAUCGAUGGAAAUCGGAACAAUACAGACGUUGAGAUAAUAGAUCACACGAGAAAUGAAUCGUUCGAUGGUGUAACAGGGGAUGACGCGGCUGAAGAUCUCGAUGACACCUUGUCGGAAGAGAUUGAAGCUAUCUCCAACAAUGGAACGAGUUGGCUGAAUCCACAAGAGGACACAAGUCUACCAUCAGUUCUGGAAAUGCCAAAAAUCCUAUCAAACAAAACCACUGCCGCUAAGGAACUACCAAAACCCAUAAAGCUCAGAAAUUACGCCUUUAAACAAUAAGUCCUCUGUUACUAUCUCCAUUUCUCGAUAUCAAUGGUUCUUUCAUUUCUACAUCCAUCGAAAAAUCGUUCCACUUAUUGUUAGUUUGUCAUUACGUAAUCCUCGCGAGUUAAAGAAUGUGCAAUUAACUUAAUUUUAAAACUAGAUUGUCCGUUACUAUUUAUUAAUGCUUUAGAAAAAUUCUUACCAUGUAAAGAGAGUCACCGAUAGUAAUUUAAUUCAUAAUUAUAGAGAUUUAACCUGUUUCGCUUGUAAUUUUCUCUUAGCCGAUAUUACCACAUUAUUAUAUACAUCACAUUAUUCGAAUUUCUCCCAGAAAUUUAGUCGAAACUUUGCUUCUUAUUAUUUCUUUCUCCAUCGAGAACUUAUAAUUUUGUGAAGUAUUGAAAGUUAAGAAAAAAUUGAAAUACAGUAGACUUAUUGUAUGAGAACAUGAACAACAUGUUUGGAACAAUUAUUGUCAUGCUAAUUUUUAUUUUCUAUAUUUCAUCGAAUCAAUAGUAUAUAUAUGCUAUUGACUAAAAAAAAAAACAUACACAUUACUAAUGUCGGUAAUAAAAUCUUUUAUUCCAUGGAAAUUUAACAAAAGAAAUAAUCAGACAUUUAUUAUGUUUUUAACAUUAGUUAAAAAGUGUAACGCUCAGCUAAAGCAAAUUUAAUUUUUUCGAAAUCAUUUGAGAAUUACAAUCGCUGGAUCUGCGGAUUCUUAUGCAAUUGUGAGAAAUUUGAAGAAUUAUGCAAAAAUAAACAGAAAUUCAUGAAAUAUAUAUAAAAAUAUAUGAAAUAUCUCUGUGCAAAAAGUGUAAUAUUUUAUACAAUAAUUAAUAUAGAAAUCAGUUUUUUAUCUAGAUUCCACUUUCUAAAUUUUAUGUAUAAA